AUGUCACUACUGUAUUUCACUUCAUUUCUUUUACUUUAUUUUCUUUCUAAUCCUUUUUUUUUAUUAUUUUUCCUUCUCUCUUCCCCUCUAUAUCUCACUUCAUUACACUUUCCUUUUUUCUUUUUUUGCUCUCUCUCUCUCUCUCUCAUUCUAUCCUGUUAUCUUCCAAUUUCUCCUUCAUUCCUUUUUCAUCUUCUAACAUUCUUAAUUGUUUCUCACCUUCAUUUUUCCUUUUAUCUUAUUUUUUCUCUCUCUCCUUCUUAUUUUCAUUUCUAUCUUUCUUUUCUCUUCAUUCACUGGAUUUUCUUCUAUCAUUUUCAUAUAUCUAUUUUUCUUCUUUGUUUCUCUUUCUCUCUCUCUCUCCACCCCCUAUAUUUUUCCUCUCUUGUACACACCUGUUUCUUAUUCUGUCCUUUUUUUCUUUCUUCACACUAUUUACUUUCUCUCUCCUUCCACACACCUGUUUCUUUUUCUCUCCUCUUUCUCCUUCUGUUUCUUCUUUAUCUUCUGCCUUCUUCCUCCUCUCUUUAUUUUCUUCCAUCUCCUCUCUCUCUUUAUUUCUUAAUCAUUUCUCCCACACUAUCCCCUUUUUUACCCUCUCAUUAUUUCCUUCUCACACUCAUAUUUCUUUUUCCUUCUUUUUUUCCUUUCUUUUCAUUUUCUUUUUUCUAUUUUUCUACUUUUUUCUUUUAUUCUGAUAAACAUUCACUUUGGUCUGUUUUCUUGUUCUUCAUUGCUCUCUUUUUUCUCUCUCUCCCCCCCCCCAUGCUUUUUCUUCUGGUGGUGUUUAAUGGUGGCAAUGGCAGUGAUUCCACCCCUAACAAGAUCAUCAAAGAAAAGAAAGAACAGAGAAAAAAAGAAGAUAUCAGAACCAUCCCCCACCUCCUUUCUUUUAUUUUACUUUCUUCUUUUUUUCUUUUUUCAGAUUUGAGGUUGUUCUUUUCUCUCUUUACACAAUUUGUCUUUCAUUUUUCCCUUUAUUUUUGGGGAUUUGACAACUUUUUAUUGCUUUUCUUUCUUCUGAAUUUGUUCCUUCUUUCUUCUCUUCAUUGA